GCGCGGGUGGCGAGACUGGGUCCCGGAAGCCGAGGGCUCGGCGGCGGCCGCCAUGGCUCCGCGCGCGCAGCUCCCGCCGGAGAUCCAGCUGGCGCAGCGUCUGGCCGGAAACGAGCAGGUGGCCCGGGACCGGGCGGUGAGGAAGCUCCGGAAGUACAUCGUCGCGAGGAGUCAGGGGGCCGCAGGUGGUUUCACUCACGACGAGCUGCUGAAGGUAUGGAAAGGGCUGUUUUAUUGCAUGUGGAUGCAGGACAAGCCGCUCCUCCAGGAAGAACUAGGGAGGACCAUUUCCCAGCUCAUCCAUGCUUUUCAGACCACAGAGGCACAGCACCUGUUCCUUCAGACGUUCUGGCAAACCAUGAACCGCGAGUGGACGGGCAUCGACAGGCUGCGGCUGGAUAAGUUCUACAUGCUCAUGCGGAUGGUCCUGAACGAGUCCUUGAAGGCCCUGAAGACGCAGGGGUGGGAAGAAAGGCAGAUCGAGCAGCUGCUGGAGCUGCUGACGACCGAGAUCCUACACCCUGACAGCCAGGCCCCCAGCGGAGUGAAGAGCCACUUCCUUGAGAUCUUCCUGGAGGAGCUGAGCAAAGUGGGCGCCGCUGAGCUGACAGCAGACCAGAACCUCAGGUUCAUCGAUCCCUUCUGCACAAUCGCUGCUCGGACCAAGGACUCCCUGGUCUUGCAUAACAUCACUCGGGGCAUCUUUGAAGCAAUUGUGGAACAGGCCCCAUUUGCCAUUGAAGACCUUCUGAAUGAAGUGGACUCACAGGAGGAGGAGGAGGAUGAUGACGAUGAGGACAACGAGGACGGGAUGUCAGAGGAUGAUGAGUGCAAACAGGAUGUGCCAUCCGGGAAGCCAGGCUCCCUCCGUGGAGCUGCCUGCAACCCGAGCAAUGAGCCAGCGGAAGAUGGCGAGGACAGCGUGGGCCCCGUCCUCCAGUUUGACUACGAGGCUGUGGCCAGCAGACUGUUCGCAGUGGCCAGCCAGCAGAGCACCCCUUCCCAGAACAGGAAGCGCCUCUACAAAGUGAUCCGCAAGUUGCAGGACCUUGCUGAAGGCCUCUUCCCAGAGGAUGAUGUGCCAGAAAAAGCCUACAGGAACCUGCAGGAAGAGGGGCGGGAUCGGAGGACAAAGAAGCGUUUGCCCACAUCCACGUCUCACAAGUCAGGGAAAGGCAGGAAGGAGGACUCGUGUCCAGACCUGAGCUCCGGAUCUGAGAGGAUGACGAAGAGGCGGCGGCGGCGGCGGCGGCGGGGCUCAGGGGCUGAGCCCACUGGGCCGCAGGAGCAGCCCGGGGUCCCAGGUCAGAGAGGGCCUCGGAAGAAGAGGCGGCGGUCUCGGGCGGGGGCCAGAGUGAAGGUGGCCGGCAGCCAGGAGCUACAGACCAAGCAGCAGCCGCUGCAGAGCCGGAAGUGACCCCAGCAGGCCCAGCAUGCGGGGAGGCGCUGUCCCUGUAGAUCCUCCCGGUUUGCGCUGAGUUGAGUGGGGACAGGACUGUAGGCUCUCAGUCACAGACUGAGACUGUGGACGUGGACACUCACGGCUCCCUGGCGUCCUGAGUCAGCAGGGCUCUGGCCCCUUGCUCCGUGGCUGGGCCCAGGGAGCGCUGACGCUGUGCUGACUUUGGUCAGGCCAGGAAACCUCCCGAGAGGUAAACCUGCCUGGCAGGCAGCCCCCCUGGGGUCGGGGGCUGGCUGCACGCUGCGGGUGUCUGUGAAUAAAACGCUGUGCGGUUAUUAGGAACGAA